AUGCCACUGGGCCGACUAUUUUCGAAAGGAAGACCAUCUAAAGGCAAAUAUCUAGAAACUGAGCUGCCACCGAAGAAAUAUGGCGCCCGACCGGAGCUCACAGAAACACAGAAGUUGGAUCUCAGUAAAGCAUUCGGCAUUUUUGAUCCCAGGGGCAGCGGGCUGAUAGAGCAGCGUGGAUUUAUGCUGGUUCUUCGAGCUCUGGGCAUGGAGCCAACGUUUACGGAAGUGGAUGAUCUUAUAAUGACAAUUACCGGGCGUGCUGUUAACGAAACGCUCGAUUUCAAGGACUUCUACAACCUGAUGAACUUCGUCAUGACCAGGGAUGAUACUAAAGAUGAUAUUAUCAAAGCCUUCAAGAUAUUCAGCUCAGACAGAGGCGUUAUCGUACUGGAUGACUUGGUGGCCGUUGCUGAGGAGUUGGGAGAAGACAUCUCUAAGGAGAAACUAGAGGAGAUGAUUCACUUCGCUGACAAGAAACAAGAUGGAACAGUCACCUACAAGGAGUUUGCUGUCAUGAUGGAAAGACCUCAGUUAGAAUAA